UAUACACCUCAAGCAAUACACAGUCUGUAGGAGAACAACUAAAAUCAGGACCAGAGAGAUGUACUAUCGCUGUUGGUUAGCGCUAUGGCUACUGACUGCUAUGGUAGAUGGCCAAGACGAUGACCCUUGCCUGGUGCAUAACCACGAGUUACUUGACGAUCCCUGGCGAUCCACCGCGAUCUCCGCUGGGACUGUUUAUGAAAAUGAUCUACUAAUAAGUGAGGGCUGGUAUAGAUCGGUGUAGGGUGCUGGCGGGACCAUACCUCAAACAGCUCCAGACUCCGGAAAAUGUGGAACACGAAAUCCGGUUUGGAUGGAUGACACUUUGCCAACUAACGGAGAGACUAAAUCAGUGACGAUGUGUGCUGUUGGCGUAUUCUCACCUUGUUUCCCUACAUGGUCAACAGUCCGAGUAAAAAACUGCGGUUCCUUUUACGUCUACGAUCUGAAGAGAACCCCAGGAGACAAUGGAUAUUGCUUUGGAACUGAAACAAAGUGUCCAGAUGGUAAAUCAUCGGAAACAGGAUUCACGCCAGGCUGUAUCAGAUUAAUGGGGCUGACUGGGGUAUUGCUAUGGAGUGGGCAAAAGUAUAAGAAAACCAUUCGAUAAACGUGGCAGCUGGAUAUACGUGGCAGCUGGAUGUUUUCUGAUGACACAAAGAACAUUCCAAUGGCGGCAUUUUAUGUGUUGUCAAUUUGGAAUCAUAUCCUUUAUCGAAAUGGAUUAUGAUUAAUCCGUUCUGCAUCAUUAAAUUGCUUUACAUAUCACGUCAUAGUACUACUUACCAAUUCAUACUUUCGUACAUAUUGGCACACAUCAUCAUUUUAUUAACAAAGUGUAUUUUGAUAUUUGUUUUAUGGCAUUGAACAUUUAUUGACCCGAUCUUGGAUAGAACUGAUCUUUGUCUACUUCUGAGACAACAUCUCGAGAGUAACAGCAAGUCUAUCUAAUAUAAAGUCAAUAUUUGAUACCGUGUAAAAGGCCGCAAAUAUUACACUUUUUCAUGUGAUAAGAUGACUGUUUAAUGCGUGAAU